AUGCAACCCACCCGCGCCCUCCUGGGCAUGCGCUACCGCAAGCUCCGCCUCACAACCAAGGACGUCAACAAGGGCUUCUACAAGGGCACCGGCUCCGGCUCCAUGGGCCGUCACACCUCCCGCGGCGGCUACAUCAUCGAGUGGAACAAGGUGCGGACCUAUGUCUGUCCCGAUUUGACUGGGUUCAAGGUAACUCACUCGCUCUCCUACUACUUCUUUCCUCCUCCUCCGCCAAAAUUAGAUGAAUAA